CACAAACAAAACACAUAUGUUAUCGCGUGCCUGUAAAGUUUAAAGCAAAUUUAAACUCCGUUUUAGACACGAUUUUGUGCGGAGAAGGAGGCAGCUCGAGCCCUCUGACGUCAUCGCACACAUGUUGCGGUUUAUUUCUGACGGGACCUGCACUUCGGGGCCGGGUUGGGACGGGGGGCUAUAAAAGUAGGUUCCCAGGAACGCCUCCGCGUGCACACCGUCGUGGGGAGGUCCGCAGCGCGCCCAUGGACCGAGCGCAGGGGGAGCGGCGCGUGCGGCCAGCGGGCUGUAGCCGCCGCCUCCGCGUGCGCCCCUUUUAAUUUAGGCAGAAGAUGGACAGGGGCGACUCGAGCGACCCUUACCGGCGGCCCGCGCGCCGCACGCAGUGGAUCGUGAGCGCGCUCGCCUACCACUACGGGCUGGACCGGGGCGUCGAGAACGAGAUCAUCGUGCUGGCCACCGGCCUGGAUCAGUAUCUCCAGGAGAUCUUCCACCACAUGGACAUCCAGGGCCUCGGCAAGGUGUCCGCUGAGGACUUCCACAUACUCUGCGACGUGCUCGGGCUCGGCGGGGACGCGCACCUGGAGGAGAGCCGCGGCGUGCUGGACGACGUGCCCGCGGAGCUCACGUUCCGCCAGUUCCACGCCAAGCUGUGCGGCUACUUCAGCACCAAGGCGGGCUGCCAGUACGAGAGCGGGCGCCUGCUCGUGGGCCGCGAGAGCGAGCACAUCGAGACGCAGAUCCGCCUGCGCAGUCCUCUGCGCCGCAGGGAACGCGCCGCAGCGGCGGCUGCGGCGGCGUGCGCGCGCGCCCCUCCCGCGUCGCGGCGCCGCCACGCGACCGCCGGCGGCUGCGGCGAGCCGGGCUCGUGCGCGCGGGAGUGCUACGAGGAGGUCGUGGCGCUGGAGGAGGCCGAGGACCGCGUGGUGAAGCUCGAGGACGAGAACGCGAGCCUGCGCGAGCUGGUGGAGGACAUGCGCGCGGCGCUCCAGAGCAGCGACGCGCGAGCGCUGGCCCUGCAGGUGGGCCUUUGGAAGAGCCAUUCCGGACCCCCAGCGGAGGGAGGCCGCUUCAGCGGCUGCCGCCGGGUCUCCGCUCGCGACUCGGACCCGCGCGGCUGCGGGGACGAACCCCCGGGGGAGACCCUGCUCUUCCGGCAGGCGCUGGAGACGGAGCUGCGGAGCUCCCAGGAUGCACUGCUCGCGCUGGAGGAUGGCAACCGGCAACUGAAGAGGGAGCAGGCGCUCAUGAGGAGGAGGGUGGAGGAGGCCCGGCAGGCACUGCUCGGCAGCCUGGCCAAGGUGAAGGAGCUAGAGACAAAAGCGGGACGCGUCCCCCUGCUGCAGCGGCGCAUCCGUCACCUGGAGACCGAGCUGCUCCACUGCAGGUCUGAGGUGUCCAAGCUGCAGGUGCCCAGCAGUGGGACAGGAGACCCCGAGUAUCGGAGCGCUGGCAGCAGCAAUGGCCCCAACCGGAGGUGUUGCCUGAACAGCCAGCAGGACCGGCACUCCCCCACGGGGCACUCGGAGGCGGCUCCUGAACACGGGGAGGAGCAGCUCUUCCGCUCCGUGGAGGGACAAGCGGCGUCUGACGAGGAAGAGGAGAAAUGGACGGGGGAGCAGCAGAGCCAGGUGGCUGAGGUGAAGAAGAUCCUGACCAGGCUCUCGUGCUGUGGUGACAGGUGCGAUGACAAGGCCUUGAAGCGGCUCUUGUUGCACUUCGGUGGUGUCAGGGGCGAGGAGAGCCACGGCGCCGUGCUGCAGCUCCUGGAGAAGGUUACAGCGCUCAGUAGGCAGCUGCAGCUCAAGGAGAACCAGGCACGCAAGGCCCAGAUGGACAUGGACCAGAUGAAGGACAACCUCCUCCUGGAGCUGCAGCAGAAGGCUGAGGAGACCGAGCUUCUUCAUGCAGAGCUCCAGAUGCUGGAGACGGAGCGCGUGCGCCUGUCCCUGGUGGAGGAGAAGCUCAUGGACGUCCUGCAGCUCCUGCAGCAGCUGCGCGACCUGAAUGUCUCAAGGAGGUCUCUUGGCAAGAUCUUGUUAAGCACACUGGAGUCAUGCAGUGACCCUCAGCACGGAAAAGCCCACAUUCUGGAGGUACUGAAUGCUCUUUAUCACGAACUGACCGCUUGCGAGCUCCUGUCCACUGAGCCGCUGACGCGGACACAGAGUGGCCAGUCCCUGAGCAACGCGCUCCUCAUCACUUGUUGACAGAGGCUGCCUCCUACUGGCCAGAUGUCCUCCUAGCACCACCACUUCUCAGCACUAGUGAAGUUGGGACUGGAGCCCCUGAUGGGGAAAAAUGUGGCACAACAAGACUAUCUUUAGCAACUGAUGUUUUAUCAGGGUGACUGUAUUUAGUGCAUCACCGGUGAAAAGGAUAAGGUUCUUUUUAAUCUAAAAGAUUACAGAAAUGUUCUUUACUCUGUAAUCCUCAUGUUGGUCUUAGCUGUGCCUUCCCCUCAAUGCAGUUUCACACUGUAAUGUUGCCACACUUAUUUAUUGUUGUUAUGCAACAGGUUCUCAUUUAGUGAGUUAGGGGUUUUUUUGGGGGUGGGGGAGGAGUGUUUAACAAUUGUUUAGAAACAGAUCCAACCCUUAAUGUGUAUUAGUUGUAAAAUCUUAAACACAACUAAUCAAUUACUGCCUUUCAGAGCUUUUGCAAAUUUUUUUGCUUAUACUGUCAAUUUGAAUUAACUUAUCCACCUUGAAGUCAUGGGUAGAAAAUGUUAAGAUAUCACUCCGGCAAACAAUGAGCUGAAGCAAGUUUGCUUCAAGUUUUUACAAGAACCAAGGAAUGUCGGGGAGAGCAGUGGAUUACUGCACCUGCUGCAAGCGUGUAUGCGAAGUGUAUAUACUAUACUACCAAAUCUCAUUUGAGGUUUUCGUCUGGCUCUUGAACUGGGACUCGAGGGGAGUUAAUGUAGUACAUUUUAUUUUGUAGGACAUCUAUAAAGAGGAUGAGUAUAAACAUGCUUUAAAAGCUCUCAUACUAUGCACCUUUUCUAACUCCUAGACUGUAUUUCCCUUGUUGAAUCCCACA